UGACGUCAUUCCGGAAGUGGACCCAGCACUAACGGGGGAAGCUGGUGGGAAAAGUUGCUCGUAAACUAAGGGCGUCAUUACUAUUACGUCGAUCUUAUAUUCAAAGCAACACACCUGGCCGAGAAGAAAAUAUGUGUACUUUUGAUAAGGAAAAGGGGCCAGGGAGAUUGAUGCAAAAGGGCUUGGCACUCAUCCUGGUGGGCCACAUUAACUUCAUUCUUGGCGCUAUCGUCCAUGGCAGUGUCCUGCGACACAUUUCCAAACCCAGCCAAGAAAUUACCACCGAAUACACAGCAGCUAACAUAAUUUCUGUCACCUCGGGUCUGCUGAGCAUUGCCACAGGGAUCAUCGCCAUUGUGGUGUCAAGGAACCUUCGCAUCUUCAAGCUGCACAUUGGACUUCUGCUAGCCUCAUUCCUGAACGCCCUGCUCUCAGCAGCGUGCUGCGCCGGCCUCCUCUUGGCCAUCACUGUCACGGUCGCUCAUAACGGUCAGGGUCUGAUGCGAGGGUGUAACACAACGGUGGUGCCCGCCAAUGCUCGCUCUCCCGUGAGCGCACAAUGCCCAUUCGACACCACGCGCAUUUAUGACACCACCCUGGCGAUAUGGUUCACCAGUGCUGUAUUGGCAGCAGCGGAGUGUGGCCUGUCUGUAUGGUGCUUUAUGGUAGGACUGACUCUCAGGGGGCUGCUGGCCUGUGGGAAGACCUACUACAAAGAACAGAUGGAGGAAGGGGUGGAGCGCUCGCCACACAGCACACGCUUGAUUGGCCCAAAUGUCAACCCUGAUGCCUGAUGUAACAAAAUACUGCAAGUACCAACACUUCAUUGCUUCACAUUUGUAAAUCUUGAAGUAGUUUUGAGAGCAGCGGGCUGAUUGAUUUUGUUGGAGAGAACCAAGAGGAAAUACAUUGAAAGUCUUUGAUACGCAGUAUUUCUAUAUUUACACAAGGGCAGUUUUUAUGUGUAGUAAGUUUGAUUUGUCUUGUCAAUAUCAUUUCAUGCUCAAACUGUUGUUCAAUAUGAAGGAAACUAUUGUACAUUUUUAUUCAUCUUGAUGACAUUUUUCUAUCAGUUUUGUUAACCAUUUGACGUGUAACAGAUUUGUUUUGGUGAAUAUUCUGAACCAACCUUCAAACCUAAGUCACAUUGUUUUUGUAAUACAGUGUAUUGUUUAUACUGAUUACCAGACUAACACAAUAUUAAUUUGUAAAAUUACUUGGACCUAUUUAAUUGCAUUGAUUGGUUUUGUUCUUAUUCACAAUUUAUUCUUAGAUCUGUUUAGAAGGAAAAACACAGAAAGACAGAGGCCUGUUCCUCAGAGAUUUAAUUUUGUUGGCAAUUUGAAUAAUAAGAUAACAGAACAUUUUCCAUCACUUAAUUGAUUUUUGUGAGUAUAAGAGUGUUGACUGGCAAGCCUUAAUCAACAGCGCCUCUUCUGUGUGAAGCCUCAUAGUGCAUUUCAUUUUGCCAAUUAUUAUUAGCAAUUCACAAUUGAUAGAUAUUAGGUUUUAUUGUUACGUAUUAUUGUAUAUCGCCAAUCCCCAGAGUGAACAAGUAAAAAGAUGUUCUUUAUGUUUAGCCUGCAAAGAUCUCGUUAAAUUUGUGCAUGAGCACAUACAGUGUCAAUGAUGUUGAAUGCGUGUGAGGCCUCACUGAACAUUAUUUUUCUACAUUAAAUGGUUCGACCAGUAUGUGGGCCAACAGUCUUAGCAUUCACGGACCACACACACACAUAAACACACACGUAUGCACACAUCCCAGUGACAGAGAGGAUCACAUCAGAGCCGCCAAACAGUUAAUCUAGUGCUGUGCUCAAUCGUGCGGAAGGGAAUCAUAGCACGCAGCCCUAAUCCGGACUCCGUGAGGGAUAAAUAUUGACAUUGUGCUGCCUGAUACAAUCACUCAGUGACCAGUCUUUGAGGCCCGUGCCAUCAGGCAGGCUCACUUUGAGGUCACCACAUAGAGCUUUCUGUGCUCCUUGUACUGUCGGGACAAAUGACCAAUGCCCUGUAAAUAUUUCUCCAGAAUCUUGAGCUCCUGAAAAUGUGCAUGUGUUUGAAAUGUUGUUGUUGUUGUUUUUUAAUCUGCAUUUACGUGAGUAGUGGGCAAACAUUUGUGAAUGUGGUACAUUAAUUUUGAAAUUAAUUUGCACCGCUGAACUGAUGUUCAUUUCAAGUUGUUGACAGGCUACGAGGAAUAUUUCAACUUUUUUUUUUUAUUUGCACAGAAAUUAGCAUUGUCUAUUCCAAUCCAGAGAGAGCUCCUGUUGGACCAUUUCAAUAAAAACAAUUUUUUGAUUCA